UGCAUUGUAAACAUUGCUGGUUAAUAAAAACAAUAAAUACACAUUUUAAAAUGCUGUGUAUAUAAAGCCUUGUUUCCAUUCCAAUACAUCAUAAUUUAUAAUAACUUUUUGCGAAAAUGGCAACUGUAUUGGAAAAAUGUGGAUAUGUGAUCACCUCCCUAUCAAGUGGGGAGAGGGAGUAUUUCCUGACUUGUAUGUUUUGUAGCAGCUCGUUUUCAUCUUUGGAAACCUUUGUGGCUCACCUUGAGGAUACACAUUUAUUAGAAGGAAGUGAUCAGGAGUACUUAGAAAUUAUAGACAAUCCUGAGCACGAACACCCCGAUGUGAUAAUAAAAGCUGAAAAAGAAGAGACAAAUGUGUCUGCAGAGAUAGAACUUCUCAAUAGUAGCACUCAAGAGGAUAUUCAACAUAUAAAAGAGUCUCCAAAUUAUAUAACAGAAACAGAAUAUAUAACAAGCGAUGUCGAAUUUGAUGAAACCAUGGAAAACUUUGAUACUAAAAUUGUGAACCGAUAUGCAAAGAAUGAAAUGGAUUUUAGCGACACAGAAGUUAAUAAAUACUUGGCAGAUGAUCAUCUGAAACUAUAUGAUAAAGAAACACUAAAGACAAUCUUUACAAAAUUUGAAAAACAUUCCAUAUUAUGGGAUAGGCACGAUCCCACAACAAAGAAUAUUUAUUUACGAUCGACUGCAUAUAAAAGUCUUGCAUCAGAUGUGGGGAAACAAGAUGAUUGGAAAAAUGUGAGAGAUUUAUUACGAAAAUUUAGUUAUAGACUUCGCCAAGAACUUGAGAGAAAAAGGAAAUGCUUAUCGACAGGCGAGCAUUACAUUCCAUGGUGGAUUGAGGAUAUGGAAUCGUUUCUAAAAAUUAGGAUAGAAAACAAAAAAUGUUUCGCACCAGAGGGAAUCCUUACAGGCGGAAAACUUAAAAUAUUUCUAAAAUAUUACAAAAGGUUAACGUGCCUUUGGAAUGAAGUCGACAUUGAUUAUAGAUUACCCAAUAAGCGACAAGAAGCAAUGAUUACAUUAAAAAGUUUGCUUGAAAGCUCUAAUAUUUCUCUAACAAAUUUAGAAAUUGAACAAGAAAUUGCUCGUUUUCGAAAAGUUUGUUGUCAAGAGAAGAAACGGAAGUUUAAAUGUGAAGCAAUGAAAUUGCAAUAUAUCCCCCAAUAUCCGAAUUACGAUGAAAUAAGCUUCCUUGAAAUAGAUGUUGGCCCAUUCAAAUGUGACAUAUGUAAGGAGAUACUUUCUGGCCUUAAUGCAUUGAAAGUACAUAAAGCAAAACAUGAUGGAACGAAACCCUUCACUUGUCCGCUAUGUGGUAACGGCUUCAGUACUGUCCAUAGUAUGAAUAUUCAUUUAAAUCGGCACACUGGUGAUUACAAGUAUAAAUGUAAAUAUUGUGAGAAGAGCUUCCCUGCAUCAUCUGAAUUGAUUGUACAUGAGCGCAGUCAUACAGGCGAAAGACCAUACGUAUGUGAUCAAUGCGGAAAAACUUUUCGUGUUUGGGUGUAUUAUGAUACACAUUUAAGGCGCCAUCAGAACCGACGCAGCUAUAAAUGUGAAAUUUGUUCAAAGGCUUUCUUUGGAGCACAUAAUUUAAAUGAGCAUAUGAAUAUUCACCGUAAGGAGCGUGAUCUUUUUUGUAAUAUAUGUGGAAAGGGUUUCAAAAUAGCUAAGUAUCUUAGACAACACAAACUAAUUCACUCAGUUGUAAAGAAAUAUGUUUGUAGAAUUUGUCACAAAGCAUUCGCUCAAAAUGCCGGCCUAAAUGGGCAUAUGAAAACACAUGGAACCAAGGUUAUUGGCAAUGGUCUUAUAUUUGAUACACUUACGAUAUGAUAUAAUAAUUUAAUGAAUGACUAUAUUAAAUUAAUAUUAAAUCACAGAAUUUUAAUUAGUGUAAUAAUACUACUCUAGUACUACGUUUGCGAGAUUUGUUUGAAAUAAUUUCUAAUUUAUUUAUAGUUUACAUUGAUUAGAAGAG